AUGUCUGAAAGUAAAAUUGAAACUGCAACUCGUUCGACAACCACUAUCGAUAGCCAUACACCGUCUAUAUCAUUGAGUAAUGACGAUGUUUUCUAUUCACACGGACAUACACCCACUUCUGAAACUAUAUUACAAAGCAAAUACGAAACAAAGCAAUAUCAACGUCGAAAUAGUGAUAUUUCCGGCAAAAAUUCGAUCAAUUCGGUAGAAGAUAUACAACGUUCUUCGUCUACGAAUGCAGCCAAUCAAUUAUCUAAUAAGACAAUGUUAACCAAUAUUCUAUACGAUCCAUGCACAGAACAUAUUCAACGUCCUAAUAAUAAACAAAUUAAUUAUCGACAAGACAUAUCUAUACGUUAUUUAGAGCCACCUACUCCACCUCCAUCAGCUCCUAUUAUUAUUCGAGAAAUUCAAGCAUCUCAAGUUCCUGAACCUCCUCCGCUUGUCAUUCGUCGAUAUCCCCCAGCUCCUAUCACUCCACCACCGCUUAUAAUUCGCGAACGUCCGCCCACGCCACCACCUGUUGAGCCUUCUCGUAUUAUUACUAGAUAUUUACCUGCGCCUCAACCAUCCCCACGUAAAGUAAUUAUAGAAAGACAAGCAGCUUUACCACAAAAACCUCAGCCUAUUAUUAUUGAAAAAUGGCUUCCCUAUAAAACACCACCGAAACGACGUGUAGUAGUUGAACGAGAUCAACCAUUGGUUCAAAAACCAAUUCAAAAAAAUACGAUUAUUACACAUGAUGCUCCUCGUGUUAAUAUUGUUCAAAAUAUUCAUAAUCUUGGAACAAUUCGUGUAGAUCCACAUAAGUAUACUGCUCAAUAUGGUUCAAGUUUAUCAUCAAGUGAAUAUAUUCGAAAUACUAUGACAAAAUUUGGUAUUGGAAAUAAUUAUCCACAAAUGAUUCAAAUGCAAUCAUCGACAGAUUCUUCAACAACAAAUAAUAAUUAUCUUCAACCCAUGGCUGAUAUUUCGACAAUAAAUAAUAGUCAUCUCCAAACCAUGGAUGGUUUUUCAACAAUAAAUAAUAAUCAUAUCCAACCCAUGGAUGGUUUUUCGACAAUAAAUAAUAAUUAUUCCCAACCUAUGGAUACUUUUUCAACAACAAAUAAUAAUUAUCUUCAACCCAUGGCUGAUAUUUCAACAAUAAAUAAUAAUCAUCUUCAACCGAUGGCUGAUUUUUCGACAAUAUAUAAUAGUCAUCUCCAACCCAUGGAUACUUUUUUAACAACAAAUAAUAAUUAUCUUCAAUCUAUGGCUGAUUUUUCAACAACCAAUAAUAAUUAUCUUCAACCGAUGGCUGAUUUUUCGACAAUAAAUAAUAGUCAUCUUCAACCCAUGGAUGGUUUUUCAACAACAAAUAAUAAUUAUCUUCAACCGAUGGAUAAUUUUGCAACAGUAAAUAACAAUUAUCUCCAAGCCAUAGAUAAUUUUUAUAAACAACCAACGAUUACUUAUGAACAACACAUGACAUCGAAUUCAUAUAAAUUACAUAAUGGAGGUCACUGUGAAUAUAUUCAACAACAUAUGGAACAAACAAUGUUACCUGAUGGACGUCAAAGAUAUCGUUUAAAUAUUAAUGGUUCAAAUAGACCGGAAAUUUCAUAUGAAGGAGAGUUUUAUAAUUAG